ACAACCACACCUAUAUCAUCCAUUGGUGUUCUUCUUCUCCCUUCUCUCCUUCAUCAAUGGAUGCAAUACCCACCUCCAUCUCAACUCUAAGAACAACCUCCUCCUUCAUCCCUUCCAACCCUCCACCUCUUCUCCUCAAACCCAACCCUUAUCUCUACCGUUCACGCUCUCACAAAUCCACCAAACCUCCUCCUCCUCCUCCAUCCUCCAUCCAAACCUUAAAACCACCUUCUCUUCUCGUCUCCUCCUCCUUCUCUCCACCUCCCAUCUCCUUCACCUCUAAACAACACCACAAAGCUUCAACAGGCUACGCCGCCGCCCUCCUUGAUGCCUCUCGGUGCCAAAACUCUAUACAUGCAGUCUACAACGACGUUCAUAAGCUCAUGCACGUUCUCCAUGAUACUAAGAGCAUGAAGAUAGCUUUAAAGAGUGGAGACUUUGCUAAACAACUAGUGGUUCUGGUGAAGAUGCUAGUGAAGAAAGGCAAGUCUGGUUUGGUUUUGGAGGUGUUGGAUGAGUUCAUAAAGUUGUAUGAUGAGCUGACUUUCACUCCAGUGAUGCUUGUCUCUUCCAACAACAUAUAAAUGUGCAGAGAAAUAUAGUGCUGCUGUUGAUCAAGUGAAGGUGAGGAACUUUACUUCUGAAAAGCCUUUGGGUGUGUCAGUGUGGUACUCUUUGUUUAGGUUUAAUGCUUUUAAGUAUGGUUUGGAUUAUGGGAAGAAGAUAGAUAUGUAUCUUAGAGUACUGUUUGAUUUUGUCUACCAUGUUAAAUAAAUAAAAAUUUUAGUACUUGACACUUGUGUUUUAUGUUGA